CGACUGGACAUCCAUUGGAGUACAGUGUCAAAUUUGCCAUACAAAGGUAUUGAACAAAUUAAAAAAAAAUGUUUUUUGAAAAACACUCAGUACUUUUGUUCAUGUGUGUCACCAAAGUUUUUGGCCUAGGAGGAAUCCUCGAAUGGAAACCGUCUACAAACAAAGAAGUCAGCUUCGACAACCAAAAGUGGACUGUCGUCAGGGACAAAUUUGGCAAAUCGCAUGUGGUCUUCUUACAACUACCGACCAAAAUGGCAAAAUUUCAAAGUCUUUAUAAGGUCAAUGCUGAAAAUGAGGAUUCCGUCAAUUUCUACUUAUAUAACAGGGAUAUGAAGAAUGUUGGGCUCCCACUUAAAAUAGGAAAUUUUGAUACCAUUCUAAAAAUAAAAUGGAAACCUGAAAAGCCUCUAAAAAUUAUAGUCCAUGGAUAUAAAGUAGAUUAUCUAUCUGAAGGCAUACAGAAAAUGAAAAAUAAUAUUUUAGACCGCGAGGAUGCGAAUAUUAUUUUGGUUGAUUGGCAGGCGAAGGCGAGCAGCAGCUACUAUCCGAAUGCUGCCGCAUGUACAAAAGACAUAGGAGAAGAUUUGGCCAAAUUUAUUGAAUUCCUCGUCCGGACCAAAGUGAGUUUAGAAAACGUACACUUGAUAGGGCACAGCCUCGGUGCUCACGUUUGCGGUUUUGCUGGACUGAUGCUCAAAAAGAAAUUAGGCCUCGUCGGAAGAAUCACAGGCUUGGACCCAGCCCUGCCAAAUUUCGGAGUGGCCGGAAAUGAUGGAAGGCUUGAUAGUAGCGACGCGGAAUUCGUCGAUUGUAUUCACACCUGCGGUGGACUGUGGGGCGUCUUAGAACCAAUCUGCACAUCAGACUUUUACCCGAAUGGAGGCCGAGUAGUACAGCCAGGAUGCCACUGGUACGACUUUGGUGGUUGCAGCCAUUCUAGAGCACAUGAACUGUUCACUGAAUCAUUUAUCACCGACCAUGAAUUCUCAGCUUACACCUGUCCAAGUUUAGCAGAUGCGUUCGUCGUCAAAUGUGUGAACGAAGGAGCGCUAAUGGGCUAUCCAGCAUCAAAAAAUUGGAAAGGAAUCUUCUAUUUGGAAACAAACGGUGCUUUCCCUUUUUCAGCAAAUCAGACAAAUCAUACAACGACAGUUUCCUAAAUUUCUCAAACAACACAGCUGAACAUGUGAUAAUUAUUUAUUUUUUGAUAAAUUUUGUAAUACAUUGUAAAACGAAAUAUAUACAGUUUUUAAUUUUUAA